GAGCAGCUGAUUGUUUCAUUUCAGACUCGCUGCUCGAACUGAAGCGAGUCCAAAAUGUCCGUGGCGAUUUCUUAAUUUGAGGAGACGGCUUGUACCGUGUUCGGGGAUAAACAACUGUUUUCCUGUAGUGUUUGAGUGAGAAGAGUCGACAGAAACUUAGCCAUGCAGAAGCCAACCCCACCUGUGGCACCUAAACCAAAGCUGGUCCUGCCCCAGAGGCCAGGCUUGUCUGCAAAUGUAGACCAAACUGAGAAAAUGCAGUACAAAGGUAAAGCUGAAGCCAACAGAACACCGUGUCCGAAAGCUCCAUCGUGCCUGAACAACAAUAGACAGGAAAUGGACAGCACUACAAGUCAUGUGACAAACACUAAUCCUGAACAGAAUGAUCAAAAGAGAGGAUCCAACAAUAAUUACCUUAUUUACAAUCAACCUCUCCAAGAGAUGCAUACUAUAGGCAAAAGUCCACACACAAACACUGACACUUCCAGUCCUAGACCUCCUGUUUCUCACAUAGCGUGGAGUGAUGAGGCAAAGGGUAACAUAAUACCUUUGAGUGCUCAGGAAGAUCCUUGUAGGUCAACACAGACGUCCUGUGUUCCCAAACCAGUCCCAGCAUCCUCUAGGAAGCCUGUCUCUUUGCCACAGAAACCCAGGAAAGCUGUGGUUUCCUAUAUGGAAAAGGUGGAGGAGAGGAAAGAGAUAAACCAAAGAGGAACCAAAGUGAAUGUCAAAGAGGUGAAAAUAUCACCAGAGGAGACAAACAACUCAUCUCUGUCUGUCAGUGUAUCUGUUCCGGUCAUAAACCGACCUGUUAGUCAAAGCAAGCAUCCAUUCUUCACUUCAAAAAAGUCCUGGGUUCAAGUGAUGUGGAUAGAAGGCCAGAUGCCAGACAGUGCUAGGCACGAUACGAAAAUGUGUCCAAAUGGAGGCAAAAACAGACCACAAAACAUCAAGGAGUAUGUCAAGAAUGAACAUAGAUUCUCCUAUCAACCGAUGGGAAUUAAUGAAAAACUGGAUAGAGAUAAGACUGGUACAUGGGUGGAAGAAUCUGUUUAUGAGACCUCACUGCCUCUAGGAAGUCGAGCAUCCAUGUACAGUGCUGAGGAACUGUAUGAGCCAAUGGACAGAGACACUGGACAUCUACUGAAACAUGGUGGUCGAGCAUCCAUGCAUGUUGCUGAGGAACUGUAUGAGCCGGUGGACAGAGGCACUGGACAUCUACUGAAACAUGGUGGUCGAGCAUCCAUGCAUGUUGCUGAGGAACUGUAUGAGCCAAUGGACAGAGGCACGGGACAUCUACUGAAGCAUGGUGGUGACAAGAGAGGCACAGUUGAUGAGUAUGAAGACCUGCUGGAUACUGAGCCAUUUGUUGAUUACGAUUUUGACGACGACAGCUUUGACGACGACAGCUUUGACGACGACAGCUUUGACGACGACAGCUUUGAUGAGGACUAUAAUCAAAGCUCCACCUCAAGUAAAGGAGACCCUGAGCAGCGAGAGAUGUUGACCCAGAGAAGACUGAAGAACAGACUGCGCCAGAUCGCCACAGAAAUCAUGACCUCUGAGAGAGUAUUUGUGGAUGUCUUGAAACUGCUUCAUAUUGAUUUCCGUGAUGUGGUGUGCAAAGCGUCUCAUCAGAGUGGGAAGCCUGUGAUUGAGGAGCGGCUUCUCAACCAGAUCCUGCAUUAUCUCCCUCAGCUCUAUGAACUCAAUCAAGACCUUCUCACAGAGUUGGAACAUCGAGUAGACAGAUGGGAGGCGAAUGCUCAGGUAGCAGACAUUUUUUUGAGAAAAGGCCAUUAUCUGAAGAUGCACUCCACAUAUAUCCGCGAGCUUGACAGCAAUUUGGCUCUACUGGAUGAACAGAGUAAAAAGAAUGCAGCAUUUGGUGCAGCCGUUCGAGAAUUUGAGGCCAGUCCACGGUGUGGUAAUGUGUCUUUGAAGCAGUACUUAAUGAAGCCUGUUCAGAGGAUUUGUCAGUAUCAGUUGCUGCUCACGAAUUAUCUGAAGAACCUGCCUGCAGACUCAAAGGAUUACAAUGACACAGAAGCUGCCCUUGGUAUAGUCAAAGAGGUGGCCAGUCAUGCCAAUGACAUCAUGAAACAUGGGGAUAACUUCCAGAAACUGAUCCAGGUGCAGUGCAGUCUGACUGGCCAGCAUGAGAUACUUAAGCCUUCACGGAUCUUCCUGAAAGAAGGCAUGCUGAAGAAGUUGUCCAGGAAGAUUAUGCAGCCCAGAAUGUUUUUCCUGUUUAGCGAUGUGUUGCUGUACGCCACUCCUCUUCAGCUAGGCCAGUACAAAUUCAACAACAUGCUGUCAUUAGCCGGAAUGAAGGUUAGCAAACCAAACCAAGAGACUGACCGGAACGAGCUGAAUAUUGAGAGUAGACGCUCAUUCAUUGUCUCUGCCAGUUCAGCAGAAGAGCGAGAUGAUUGGCUUCAGGCCAUUUCCACAGCCAAGGACUACACCAGGAAGGAGACCAGUUUUAUAUCUGGGGAUCUGCCACAAGAGUUAGAGAUGGAUAAUACUGGAACUCCUUUAGGCUCCAAAGCACCAAUAUGGAUCCCUGAUGCUCGGGCCACCAUGUGUAUGAUCUGCACAUGCGAAUUCACCCUGACAUGGAGGCCACACUGCCGGGCAUGUGGAAAGGUAGUUUGCCAUUCUUGCUCCUCCAACAAGCUCCAUCUUGAAUACCUAAAGAACCAGCGAGCACGAGUGUGUGACCAGUGUGUGAUUAUUCUUCUGCAGCAGAAAAGUAAACAAGCGCAAUCAGCAGAUAUUUCCUCCAUGUCGACCUUUCCUUUCAUCAGGAAGCAGAAGAAGAUACCUGCAAUCCUCAAAGAGGUGUCUGCGAACACUGACAACUCUUCCAUGAGUGGCUAUUUGCAGAUGUCAAAGUCCAGUAAGAACCAGGGGAAGAGGCUGUGGUUUGUCAUCAAGGCCAAAGUUCUGUAUACAUAUGCUGCAAGUGAAGAUCUUGUAGCCUUGGAGAGUCAACCGCUGUUGGGCUUCAUGCUAGAAGAAGACUUAUCUCAAAAGUUGCAUUUCAAGAUCUACCACAAGAACAUAUUGUAUUACAUUUUCAAAGCUGACGACAUGGAGACAGCCAAAAGAUGGAUCGAUUCAUUCAAAGAAGCCAUGGUGAUGUAAUACCUGAAGAUACUGUGUGAAGAUGUAACUGUGCUUCUCUGGAAAUAUCCAGUGUUUACCUCAGUGGUCUGUGAAUGCGUCGGAAAUAAUUACAGACACCAGAUUAGCUGCAUUAAAAUGUAAUGCAAGUACUUUUAUUAGAUUUUGUGACAUUUACAAGACUGUUUUUGAGCACUUGUGUGGGUUUUUGAAUGCUAACACCAAUAUUUCCCACCAAGAUUGUGUUGCUUUGAAUAAAAAGAAGAUAACAAUAAUUUGGAGCUUUCAUAUCACACCACUUUGUGUAAUUGUUGUGUAAGCUGCUAUCAGUCAUACUUCACUGUAUAGAUUUGACAUGAAGGUCAGUGUUUUGAUUAAUUCAAAACACUGACUGAACACUGAAUUUCUGUGGACAGUAUUUUCAGACCGUCAACAGAAAUUAUGUUUAUAUAAAGCAUGUACAUAGAUGUUUCUUGUUGCCUGGCAGAACCUUUUUGUUUCACACUCAUGUUAAAGGUUGUACAGUUUUCUACAUAAGACAUCAUGCACUUUUGAUUAAGAAAAUGUAUUAAAUUAUUAGGACUUUGUUCAGA